AUUCAUACUUUGAAACUUGUAAUGGAGCAUUUUUCAGUACUUCAUGUUUUCCUUAUUGUUGAUAUAUGCUUUGCAAUUCCAAUGGUAUCUUGCAAUGACAUAUUUUUUAAAGGAAACUCAGCUUCAUCCCCUUUCCCAAGUAACUUCCUCUUUGGAACUGCAUCCUCUUCUUAUCAGUUUGAGGGAGCUUAUCUGAAUGAUGGAAAAAGCCUAAGCAACUGGGAUGUUUUCACUCAUAAGCCUGGUCAUAUUUCAGAUGGAACUAAUGGAGAUAUCGCUGGUGACCAGUAUCAUCUUUAUCUGGAAGAUUUGGAUCUCAUGAAUUACAUUGGAGUCAAUACUUACCGGUUUUCCAUAUCAUGGGCAAGAGUUUUACCUAAAGGAAGAUUUGGGAAAGUGAAUCGAGCUGGCAUCAAUCACUAUAACAAGUUAAUCGACGCUCUUUUGCGUAGAGGAAUCCAGCCGUUCGUGACGUUGACUCACUACGACAUUCCACAGGAACUCGAAGACAGAUAUGGAGCUUGGCUAAGUUCCCAAGUGCAGAAGGAUUUCCUAUAUUAUGCAAAUACAUGUUUCAAAUUCUUUGGAGACCGAGUGAAGUACUGGGUGACAUUCAAUGAGCCGAAUGUAGCAGUUAUUCGAGGCUAUAGGUCGGGAAUGUACCCGCCCGCUCGCUGCUCUAGUCCAUUUGGGAAUUGUACUAGUGGGGAUUCAGAGAGAGAGCCUUUCAUUGCAGCUCAUAACAUCAUUCUAUCCCAUGCAGCUGCUGUCCAUCUAUACAGAACCAAAUAUCAUAAAAAACAAGGAGGUAGCAUUGGAAUUGUUAUGAAUGCCGUAUGGUAUGAACCGAUCAGCAGCUCCUUAGAAGACAGAUUAGCAGCUGAGAGGGCUAUAUCUUUCUAUAUGAACUGGUUCUUAGACCCAAUUUUACAAGGGAAAUAUCCUGCAGAAAUGCGUGAGCUUCUAGGAUCUGAUUUGCCAGCAUUUUCGAAAUCUGAUGUGGAGAUGCUGAAGAUGAAUGGAUUGGACUUCAUUGGCAUCAAUCACUAUACGAGCUUUUACUCAAAAGACUGUAUGUUCUCUGCAUGUGAACCAGGACCAGGGGCUUCAAGGACGGAGGGUUUCGCGUUGCGAACUGCACAGAAAGACGGAGUCUUCAUUGGAGAACCAACUUCGGUUGACCGGCUGUAUGUCUACCCUCAAGGAAUGGAAAAGAUGGUCACGUACGUAAAAGACAGAUACAAUAAUACACCUAUCUUCAUCACAGAAAACGGGUUUGGUGAGGUGGAGAAUCCGAAUUCCAGCAAUGAAGAAUUACUGAAUGAUGUCAAGAGAGUGGAGUACCUGAGAUCCUACUUACAUGCACUUUCAGAAGGAAUUAGAAAAGGAGCAGAUGUAAGAGGGUACUUGGUGUGGUCGUUGCUGGACAACUUCGAGUGGACGAGUGGCUAUACGGUCCGGUUUGGACUUCACCAUGUUGAUUACGCCACUCUCAAGAGGAAUCAAAGACUGUCAGCAGCUUGGUACAAACAAUUUGUAUCUAAUCAUACGGUGCAAACACACCUACCCACAAACUGAAUCUUGCACCAACAUAUCUAUGUUCAUAAGGACCCUUUAUUUUAUUUUGUUUUAUUUUACAUAAACCAGAAAAGGCAAUUUCAACAUUGCUAAUCGGCAACUGCUAUCAUAUUUAUUAAUAAAAAUAAAUAAAAAUGUAAUAUGUCAAGAGGGACAUGAAGCCAAACCUUUAAUGUUAAAGAAGUCAUGAAAA